AUUGCGCGAUAAGCGAUAUCAAACAUAUUGCCAGUUUAGUGCGUAAUUUAUCACUUAAUAUAGAUUUUCUCAUUCAAUUGAUAUAAACUUUUUUCUUUUUGCAAUCUUCAUUGCUGCGAUAAUGCAUGUCAUGUCUAAUUGAUAUGUAAUUGUUGUGACAAAUUACUCCAUCACGAGUUCCAAACUUUCUUCGAUAAAAUAUUCAAUCGAACUAGUAAAAUUUCCCAACGUACAUCGGUAUGCAAAUCGCUAAAACUGUGAAUGGCACCUGAUUAAAUAAAUUAAAACCUGAAAUCGAAGCAGAAGAGCUCGUGCAGAUUGGCGCAAGCGUGUGUGAAUUUCGAAGAAAAGAAAGUCGGCUGCUAGUCAGUGAUUGCUCCUCGUCGCUGCGACAUCGUAAAAUACACCUUGCAUUCUGCUCCGCAAUAUUAACUCGUCGCAGUUGUUCGUCCUUUUUCUCCUUGAGACAAUACUUGUAACGCAUCAUCAUGACCGAUAAUCAGGUUUACAUCGCCUCUGCUUGUCGUACGCCAAUUGGCUCGUUCUGCGGCACUUUUUCGACGCUGAAAGCGAGUGAACUUGGCACUGUCGUUAUCAAGGAGAGCUUGAAGCGAGCAAAUGUCAAGCCGAAAGAGGUAUCCGGAGUUAUUUUGGGCCAGACACUCACCGCUGGCACGGGACAAAAUCCAGCUAGACAAGCCUCCAUAAAAGCUGGUCUGCCAAUAGAUGUUCCUGCUUAUCUUGUUAAUAUGUUGUGUGGAUCUGGUCUGAAAGCAAUAAUGAAUGCUUAUAUGACAAUCAAAUGUGGAGAGGGUGAUAUUGUUGUUGCUGGUGGACAAGAAAAUAUGAGUGCCGCUCCUCAUUCAACUAACAUUAGACUCGCAAGUAAAUCAGGAGAUUCAGUUAUGCGUGAUACAAUGCUCUUCGAUGGAUUGACUGAUGCCUUCUGUAAUAUUCACAUGGGAAUAACAGCUGAAAAUAUAGCAGAAAAAUAUGAAAUAUCAAGAGAAGAUCAAGAUAAAUAUGCAGUACAAUCGCAACAACGCACUGAAAUGUCUAUAAAAAAUGGUCAUUUCGAUAAAGAAAUAGUCCCCACUGAAGUUAAAAUCAGGAGACAAACAGUUUUGGUGUCAAAAGAUGAAUACCCAAAAAGCGGUGUAACUUUUGAAGAUCUUUCAAAAGCAAGAGCAGUUUUUAAAGAGGGAGGUACCGUUACUGCAGGAAAUGCCUCAGGUAUCAAUGAUGGUGCAGCUGCUGUUGUUGUAAUGUCAGGUAAAGUUGUCAAAGAAAAAGGAAUAAAACCUAUGGCCAGAAUAGUUGCUAUUGCUGAAGCUGGAGUAUUACCCGAAAUGAUGGGUGAAGGUCCUAUCCCUGCUGUAAAAUUACUGUUGGAAAAAGCUGGAUGGCAUAAAGAUGAAGUUGAUUUAUAUGAAUUGAAUGAAGCAUUUGCUGCACAAGCUGUGCGUUGUGUGAAAGGACUUAAUAUAGAUGAAGCAAAAGUUAAUGUUGAUGGAGGAGCUAUUGCACUUGGUCAUCCUAUUGGAGCUUCUGGAGCAAGAGUUGUUGUAACAUUACUGCAUUCAAUGGAGAGGAGAAAUGCUAAAAAAGGUGUUGCUGCUCUGUGUGUUGGAGGUGGUAUGGGUGUAGCCAUUGCUGUUGAAAGAGAUUGAGAAAUGCUUGAAAAAAAAUAUGAUCUUUGCUUGCUUUGCUUACAUAACUACUAAAAGUUUUUAGAAACUUUUUCGCGAGGUCUUCCAUAAAUUUUGAUCAUUAAAUUUCAUAAAAUUUCUAAGAGACAAUAAGGUAUUAUCGUUGAAAAUACUAGAGAUAACUAUGGAUUGUAAAUUGUUUUUGAAUUAAGAAAUUUUUUCAAAGAAGAGAAAAAAUCAAGUCCAUAUCAUUGAAAUUGAUAACGUUUCAUCCAAUGAAAAAAAACUUUAAAAUAUAUAACAGUAUUUGUUGAGAAACUGAAAUUGUUAAAUUUAUACAUGCAUCAAGUGCAGUACAAUUAACGCGAAUUAUAAGAAUGUUCUUUGCAUGAUAAAACUUUAAAUUUCUUUUUUCUUUCUUUAACGUUGUUUUUUUUCGUGAUACUCAAGUAUUAAUGAAGUUGAUUGAAAAGAAAAUAACGUUUUUGUGAAUUGAAUAACAUUUAAAAAGUAUAAAAUAUGUAAUGUUUGAACUAUUGUCCAUUUACUGUAACAAUGCUUUUUAUAAAUUUUUAUACACAUGUAUUACUACUUUGAAAAAGUAUUUUUAUACAGAAUUUAACUAAUGGUAUAAA